AUGAGCUCAAUUGAAAACUUAAAAGCCCAAGAUAUUCAUGAUGAUCCUUAUUUAGAAUGCAAUGCAAAGAUUCUCAAUGAUGGGCAAAGCACAGAAAGCGAGCAUGAAAGCCAACCAAAAUCUUCCACAAUAGAUUUAAACGAUAAUAAAGUUUCUCCUCAAAAAAAGCGAAGCUUUUUUAGUAAAAUGUGUGAAAAAGCUAUGGGAUUUUUCGAAAAAAAUGAUCAAAAGUGCUAUGAAUGUAUCAUGUGUAAGAAAAUGUUUCCUAAAAGUAAAAUAAUAAAAAAUCCCUGUGGGUGUAUAAGCUGCAAAACAUGUGGACUAUAUGAAAGAGUGGAGUAUUGGUGAAUGAUUGGAUGCUGUAUUAAGGACAGAUGCAGAGUUUGUGGACAUGAGAUAUUUAUUAGAGAAAGAUAA